GUAGCAUUGGAAUUUCUUUAUCUGCCUGCACUUUUCAGCCUCGAAUCCAGUCGAGUACUCCGUUUAUUUUUCCGUUUUUACUGAUCAACGGUUCUUUUUCACGUGUUGUCACUUUUGCCUUGUCCAUAUAAGCUUUGAACACAUCUCGUAUUUACCUCCUUACCAGAAGUGACACCCUCCGCUCUUGGUUGUUGGCAGGUUGGGAGAGCUCAUCUGCCCAUGGCCCAUGAGGACGGCUGGCCUCUCGGACUGGGCACCCUGGAUGCAAGAACCGGAGUGAUCAGGAGCAUCGGCUCUUCCUCCCCCGGCACGGCAUUCACUCCCUCUCACUGCGUUUCUUCCUUCACUUCGUCUGAUUUAGACACAGAGUCGAUCUGGUCAUUGCCGCGCGGCGGCGGCGGCAUGACUCUGGCGACACUGAUCGGCCUGGUGGACGCCAUGGAGAGCCGGCGCGCGAGGCGGAGCAGGAGAGGCAGGCUGAGGGCGUUGCUGCUCUCGCUCUGCCUCAGGAGCCACCUGGAGAAUGGUGGCAGCGCAGCACCGUCGCUCGGCCAGUUCCUCGAGAUGGAGAGGAGAGCCAGUGGCAACAGUGGCCAUGCUCGCAGGACGCUCCCGUGGAGUCGUGCCUGACGAACGUGCAUACAAGUUGUGUCCAAUGGGGAAUAAUACUUUCUUUUCCUUCCUUUAUUUACCAGACGACCGUGAGAGAACUUGCGCCUAGGCCGUGAUUGUUUUGUUACGCGUCGUGCAUUUCCAUCUCUUGUUAGCUUAGACAGAGUUCUGCCUGUUGCAAGAACUGAUGUUUUGGCGGCCCUUGGUGCUGUUUAUAACUAAAUAUCUUUUCUUUCUGCA